ACAGAAGCUGCCGCUUGUCUUUUCCAUCCUCUGCGCGGCUCCCAGCACAGCCCUGUCUCCCAUUCCGGCGCGCCGUCUUCUUCUUCACGGCCGGUGCGGUUCGUCUCAUAACGGCUUGAAAAUGCAGCGGAACUUCAGCAAGACCCAUGUGUUGCUCGCUGCGGCUUUUUUCGUCAGCCUGGGGUUGCUCUAUAGCUAUUUCAGAGAUAGCUUUUCGCCCAUCAGCUUUUGCCAGCCCUGUAUUCAGCCUGACAAUGACUUCAAUGAAUUGGAAAAGGAGAUGGAACAGAUUAAAGGGAUUAAACACAGCGAACAUUGCAAGAAAGACAGCUGGAAGAUAGGUGAACUGCUCAUGCAAUCUGGAUUAAAGUACGCUCAGCCAAGCACGCAGACUGGACGAACUGAUAUAAACGCAGUGACAAACUGGAAUGCUCCUCUCGUCUGGGAAGGAACUUUUGAUCCUGUGGUUAUAGAUGCAAUCUAUAAGAAAAUGGACCCAAGAGUAGCUGUCGUGGUUUUUGCUGUUGGCAAGUACACUCGCUUUUUGAAGGCCUUCAUUGAAACAGGAGAAAAGUUCUUUCUUGUUGGCUUCAAUGUCACUUACUACAUUCAUACAGACCGGGAAAAUGAAGUUCCCAAGGUAGCAUUGGGUAAGGGCAGGAAAAUUACAACUGUGCCUGUUCCAAGUGCCAACCGCUGGCAGGAUGUUGUGCUUGGAAGGAUGAAGUGGGCCACCCUCACCAUUGAAAAAACGAUCCGUAAUGAGGCAGAUUAUCUGUUUAUGAUGGACAUAGACAGUGUUUUCUACAGUCGGUUUGGAGCUGAGUCUCUCAGUCGUCUGUCAGCUGUACUUCACCGUGGCUACUACAAGAACACACCCAGGGAAAAGUUUCCUUAUGAACGUCGCCCAGAGUCCAAAGCGUACAUCCCUGCCGAGGAGGGAGACUACUACUACACUGCAGCUGUCUGGGGUGGAUACCUGGGCGACAUGUACAAGCUUGUCAAGUACUGUUAUGAAAUGUCGGAGGAGGAUACCAAAAACAAGAUUGAAGCUGUCUGGCAGGAGGAGAGUCAUCUCAACAAGUACCUGUUAUACAACAAACCAACCAAGGUGCUGUCUCCAGAAUACCUGUGGUCUGAUUAUGACAAAGUGCCGGCUGACAUUAAAGUUGUCAGGAUCUCCCAGUUAGUUAAGAACUACGCAGAAGUGCGUCCAAACGGUGGAAACUGAUGCUGAAACCUUCAGGUGCAGGUCUGUCUGCUCAGACCCUUUGUAGUUUUGGCCCCUUUAUACCCAACUUUUUACUGACUAGACCUGUCUGCGAGGGGAUGUUCAUUACUGACCCUGUGUCAAUCCGUGUCAAUCAGCAGAAUAUUUGGUAACAAGCUUUUUUUUUCUAAAAAACAUUCUAAAAUCUGCUCGUAGUUUAUAGAGAGAAAAAACAGCUAUAUUACUUUAUGAACUAUCUACCAGCAGGAGUUUGCUGGUAGUUAUACUGGUUUAUUUGGCUGUAAUAAUGGCUUAUACUACUUAAAAGUGAAUUAAUCUAUUCAGGGAUCAGAACCUUACUAAAUUAAAAAAAAAAGUGUAGCACAAAAUCUUCCAAAAGUGAUAGACAACUGAAUUCAUUAACACGAGAGAUUUGAGCAAUUUAAUAAUUUUAUGCAAACCUGAACAAAAUCUCAAGGCUGGGGUUGAAGUUACAAGUUUUCAUAUUCAUGUUUUUUUGGAUCAUAACUAGCAUAACGGCAAUAAUAAUAAUAACUAGCAAUACUGCUUCAAAAUGCAAACAGUAGAAAUAGUAGCAAGAGACCAGAAAGUCAUAAAUGUGACAUUCAUGUCAUCAUCUGCCAGGUUUUGACCUCCAGAUGGCAGGGGCAAGAAGCUUCUCACAAAGCCAUUGCUGCAAAGGAUGGACCCUGUAUGAUUGUCUUUUAAAUAUAAUUUUAUGACCAUGACAGGGUUGAAACCAAAUAGUUAAGUGUCACACCCUAAGAACAUCUACUUGUCAUAGGAACCGCUGUGUUUCACAAAACCCAUCCGCCAGAAAGGUUCUUCCAUAAGAAUAAAGCACCUCUUUUGGACCACCCUGCAUGUUUCACUUAUCUAACUCCACUGUCUACAUUUGGAAAUUGAUAAAAGGGGAUAUUAAUUAAAAGUAACAUCAUUUUCUGACUGUACAUGCCCUCUGAAACCAUCUCCACUGUGUGCCGCAGCUUUGCCCCGAGCCUAUUGAUAAACCCCCAACACGCAGCUCCUGUAUGCUUUUUUUAAAAGUGGUCCACAAAAACUGUGAAACUACUCCCAAGAGUCCUUUUUAUGACACUUUUAGUUUUGUAUUGCUUUUUUUGGUUCAUGGUCUUAAACCUUUAAACAACUAAUGAGCAGCCGGUUUUAAAGCUCAUCUUAUAACCUGGUUAUGAUUGAGCAGCACAAAGUGCUAAUAUUUUGAACCUCACACUGGUUAUAAGAUUUUGAUCAAAAGUGUGCCUAUGCCUAAAUCAUCUUGCUGCCUCUAGAAUGGUUAAAAAGUACACGGGUAAAAAGUGUUUAUUGUUUUUGUUUGUUUUUUUGACAGCAAACCAAAUAAUAGGGAGGGAGGAUGUGUGAAUAUAAAAUAAAGGUCAAUUAAGGGAUGAGUUCACUUAUUUGGCACAUAAGUAGAUUCAAACAGGUACUUUUUAGAAAUGUUUGAUACCAUAAAAACCUUUAAUAUAUUUUUCUUUUCAGGCUCAUAUAUAGAUUAAUUACAAAUACAAAUAAAUCAAAUUUUCAGCCUUUAUUUCUUGUAAUUCUGAUGACUCCACAUAUGAAAACCCAAGAACAUCCUGAACAGGAACGUCGUAUGUUCACUCCUAUGAACUCGUUACUUGGUUGGUCAUUUUACGUGGAUUAAUGCAUCAAAGCUGCGCGACUUGGAGGAGAUCAGCCUGUGGGUCUGCUGAGGUCUCAUAGAAGACCAGAUUCCUUUGGUAGCUGCCUUCAGGCCAUGCAUUGUUGGG